GGAGACUCACCGAGGCGCAGGGGCUGGAGGUGGCGCUCGGGAAUGAAACAUGGCUGCAGAGCCAGAGAAGAGCGACGCUGGUCCUGAGAGAGGCUUCCUGGCGGAUCCACCUUCGGAAACCGGAAAGAGGAACCCAGGGAUUUCGGUCCGGCCCUUGUCUCCGGGGAUGGACGCUCGCUGGAAGGCCGUUUUCCACGAGAAGAUGCAGCCGAGGGCGUUGAAGCUCCAGGAGCUGAGGGUAGAAAAGCUCCACCGGGUCAAGCUGCAGGAAAAGAAGGUGGAAAAGAAGGAGCCUGCGGACGGCCUGUCCCGGGAAUGGUUCAACGAUGAGUCGACGACCCUGGAGACCCGGGCUUACCUGCUCGAUAAGCUGCUCCCGACGCUAGUGCCUGGCAUGGAGAAACUGCUGCGGGCUGCGGAGAGGAAGAAGGCCCUGGAGACGGCCGAGCUGGAGCCCCGUGUUCUGGACCCCAUCAAUUUCCUGGGGGAGUACCUGAUGAGGCACAACCCUUCCUAUGAGAUCUCAGCCAUCCCCAACCCCUACGUGCGAGGGAUGAAAGCCGUCACGGAAGAGCUGAAGACCCAGGUGCCCGAGACGACCAUGCACAAGCUAGCCCAGAUGAAGAUGCUGGUCAAGGAGAAACGGGAGAAGAGGGAGCAGGUGGAGAAGAUCAAGGGGGACGUCAAAGACGUGCGCAAGGAGACGCUGGCCAUGCAGUUCAGAGAAUGGACGCAGGACGUCUCCGGGCACAUACCGCUUGAGUUGAUCCAGAGCGCCCUGAAGUCAUUCCUGGAGGUCGCCACUCCAGCACCAGCUGACGCAGGGAUCUAUGCCCGUCCUCUGGAAGCCGUCGGAACGUUGUCGGUGAAGGUGAACCAAGAGGAGUUCUCAGAGUAUCUCCUGUCUUACAUCAAAAAUUUCACCAGCGACAUGUUCGAACAGCUCCUGCAGCACCUCCUGCAAUGCGCCAACAACACACGAGAAGCGAUAAGACACGACAUCUGGAGGAGGAUGUUUCUCCAACUGUUCUUCGACUGCGACCACGGAAAGGUGGGGCUUUUGGAUAGACUGAGGAUAUUAUCUUUACUGGAGACCUUCUACGACAACAGCGCAGAGUUCUCUAAGAAGGGAUACCAGGACCCUAGGAAAUGGCCGAUUGUUGAGUUGGAUGACAUCGAUCUCACUGAGUUUUGGGGAAACAUGGAAGACGACGAGCAGAUUGUGUCAGAAGAGCCUAGCCUCCAGCUACGAUUAUCUGAGCAGGCCAUGGUCCUCAAUUUGAUGUUGAAAGACAUACUCUCGGAGGUGGAACUGCCCAUACCUAAGACGACGAGCGUCCCAUUGGCAACCGCCAUUCAAGAGGAAGCUAGGCUGGAGCAAAAAACCAGCACUGCAGGGGAGGGGAGCAAAGUCAUUCUGGUGACAGCCUCGCAAGAUGCGGCAGAAAUGCCAGCCACAGAGCUGGGACCCAGCAGACCAGGGGUUCAGGAAGAACAAGCCCCUGCUGCCGAAGCUGUAGGGGGACCAGCUGCCAACGAAGCUGUUGUGCCUGCUGCUGCUGAAGGAGCUGUUCCUGAAGCCUUCCAGGUCCACCCCCCUGAGGUGUUGGUCGGAGGAGUUGAAGGGGAUGCAAGACAAGGAAGAUCUGAUCCAGCUGCCCUCGCUGAGAUGGCGUUGAGCCUGCAGGAGACCCUGGACCAAGAACUGGGUCCCGACCAAGAGGGUGACUUAGAGGACCUUGAUGUCGCUGCCCAAGAAACUGGUGAAGAUGAGGCAGUCAUGCAGGAGGAACCAGGAGACACAGUGGAACCAGGCAGCGAGGCAGUCACGCAGGAGGAGCCAGGAGACACAGUGGAACCAGGCAGCGAGGCAGUCACGCAGGAGGAGCCAGGAGACACAGUGGAACCAGGCAGCGAGGCAGUCACCCAGGAGGAGCCAGGCAGCGGGGUGCAGCCACGGGCCAGUACCGAGGGACAGCCUGCUGCAGGCACAAGCAGACCACCAGCAGGCAAAAGUAAAGAUCUGCUCUCUUUGCCGGCCCCCAAAGCCAGCAAGACAAUCAAGAGGACGCCUCAGCUGAUCUACGGCGAGAGAUGGUCAGGUGACUUUCAGACGGCCGACCUGUCCUUCAAGUACACCGACUACGGCAAGGAGAUCCGAGAGGACUGGAACAACGAAAACACCAGGUUCCCAGACCUGCGCAUGAACAUGAUAGAAAUCCAGGCCCGCGGGCCGCCUUCUUCCACAAGUGCCUUCGACAAGCAUUCCCUCAACCUGCCGCAGUUUGUGCAGCUCAUGGAGAUGUUUGUUGGCGAAGAAACAACUCUGCCAAACAUGAAAAGGCUCGUGGAGUUUGUCAAGGAAGGCUACGUGCAAACUGAGAAAGAGAAGAUCGAGCAGCUGAAGACAGUUCACCACGACUCGUUCUUGGUCCGUAAACAACUUCUCCUGGCGGCCCUGUUUGAGAAGUGGGAUAACGAGUGCUCGGGGUUCCUAGACCUGGAGGAGGUGGAUGCUGUUCUGUCCACCUUUAAGGAAGGGAUGGAGCAAGAGUCCUUGAAUAAAGCCAAGCUGCAGCUCCCCAUUCCCCAGUGGCAUCCCAGCGGGGUGGUGAAGCUAUCCCCAAAAGACUUCCAUGCCUACAUCGAGCUGGUCGUCUCCGAGCUCACUGGCGAUGAGGACGAGGUCCUAGAUAAUGUUGUGGAGUUCCUCAUGACGGCGGUGGAGCAGACUCACACGGAGCGGCUGCGCGGGAAUGUGCGGCGGAAAUGGCUGACUGGGAUCCAGCACAUGGCCAUGAUCCAUGGGGGAGCCUUGGAACCGGUGUACCAGGCCGUCUUCAAGGCCCUUUGCCGGGAUGCAGAUGCCCAUGGAGACAGCAAGAAGAUCAGUGCGAACAUCGCCCUGUUGGAAUAUAACCUCCUUGACCCAGAGCGCGGAGAUAUUCUCCUCCGCUAUGUGGCCUGCACAGAAGAUGAUGCUCCAUAUGUCUUAAACCAGACACUUUUCAUGGACAUGGAAGGAAUCAGCUUUGCAGCGGCAUUAGACGGCAAGCCAAUUCACGUUCCCAGAGUUCAGCUGCACGGAAAUAUCCACUUCUGGAACUACAGUCGUCCCAAACAAGAGCGGAAGGGCUCUUUCUUGGUUCUGCCCCUUGAAGAUGUCCGGAGAAGAGUCUUCGGUGUCCUUGGGCUGGACACGCUCCGGGAUGAGAACGAGAAGACCAUCUUUGUACCCCACGAAAUCCGUUUCUAUCAGGGGAUAGCGAACUCCUUCAGCAUAGCCUACCACCACAUCCGCACCCAGGAGAGCAUCAUACAGGUGAUUGUCACUGCAGUGGGGUGGCUCUCCACACGGACAGCAAAUCUUCAGACCUUCACUGCGUACUUCAUGGAGCCGGGCGAGAACAGGAUGUUUGACUAUACCUUGCGUAAAGUAAUGACGUCAGAUUUGAAAGGGCAGGCAGAGACCCACCGGCCUCCAGCUCCUGUGCUCAGCAGGAAAGACAACAUCUUCAGAGAUUACCUGUUCAAGUGCAUAGACUGUGCCGUGGUGGUUACCACGUAUGUGCACGAAGAACAUCAUGUUGCCAUUCCACUGAGGACUCCAAUGGGCCAGGCCAUCGCUGUCUUUGACCUCAACCUUGGACACUGCCAAAAGCUGCCAUCUUAUGAGCAAAAGGACUUGCAGAAAAUGCUGAAAAUGGCGCAGGCGGCCAGUUAUGAGAUACUAAAAGAGGAUUCUGGAGAUCUAGACCCAUGCUACGUUCUGGAGGCGGAGUACGUUGGGGACUGGAGGCGUGGGGGAGUCCUCUUCUACCGAUUCAUGCUGCAGGACUUGCAGAGCUGCAUCUGGAAUCUUGACCCUUGGUUGUCCUUUGGCGAAAUUACGUGUUUUGAGCGACCUCCGGUCCUACUGCAUACAAUACUGAAAUGUGUUUUGCUGAUUUUGUACCCGCAGAUGGCUCGGACGGGGGAGCUUGAGGACUGGAACUAUUGCAUACAGAAACUAGAUGGAGAACUUAUUGAAAACAUUUGCUACUUUGAUCCAACGGCUGCCUAUGUGGAGGUUCAACCAGACGUUUUGAACUACUACUUCCAAAGUAUAAACAGAAGAUCUGUGUGGAAGUUCGGCUCCACUCCAGUUGAGUACCUCUACAACUGGACACACACCUGUCUGUCUUUAAUAGAGCUGGCAGAAAAACUCAAGCAUCGCCAAAAUAUUGUCACUCCGUCUUCAGCACUACUCACUCCCACAUUAUCUCGGUCGCUGAAGUCGUCACAUCUUUUAGCAGCCCGGGGCACAUCUUUUGCUUGAAUUUAUUGUCAGUGUUUAAAGCAAAUAUUAGGAUG